AUGUUGCCGACAACGUCAACGACUAGCGAUCCUCACACCAAAAUUGACUUAUCCUUUGUCCCUCCGGAGGCUAGCGGAAACCCCGAUGCGUAUACGGCCUCUCUUACCGGCAACAUUGACGCAUUGACUCGUGGCCCCGAGGGCGCAGUAAGUGGAAUACUACGACGCCGCGGAUUCGGAUGGAUGCUAGAAGUUGACAAUGAAGAAGAUGGAUUUGAUAAACCAUUACUUGACGAGCUGGACAUCGACGUCAACAACAUCGCCAAAAAGAUGAAAGCCGUGAUUUUGCCCUGCGCGAAAUCUGGCCUCGAUCCAACUGCCGUUCGUGAAAAUCCCGACUUUUGGGGACCCCUGUUGGUCGUCGUUCUUUUCUCUAUCGUCUCCUUGGUUGGCCAACUUCGAGUUGUUUCGUGGAUAAUUGCAAUAUGGUUGGCUGGAUCUUUUAUUGUAUACUUCAUUACCCGUUCUCUGGGAGGCGAGGUUGCAUACGCCCAGUGCCUUGGAGUGAUUGGUUAUUGCCUCUUGCCACAGUUUCUCAUGUGUGCUGUCAGUUCACUCUUCAAUCUAAUAGCCUGGCAUGGCUUCGGAAUAUUUGUCGCGUUUUUGGGCACGAUUUGGUCUGCCUACAGUGCGGGCAAAAUGCUGUCGAUGGGGGAGCUGCAGAAUCGGUGCAGUCUGGUGGCCUAUCCUGUCGGUUUACUCUAUGUCUACUUCUUAUCUCUCUAUACCGGGGCGUGA